AAAUUGAGUAAAACUUGUGUAAAAAUAUUUCAUUCAAAACCAGGUGUUUCUCGAAUUUAAUUAAUUGUAAUCUCAAUUCAAUUAUUGCAAAACAUGGCGCCCACACUGUAUUUGAGCCGAAGAAGUCCUCCGUGUCGUACUGUCCUCUUUGUGGCCAAACUUCUGAACGUAGAGCUCGAAGAAGUGGAACUCGACAUGAGAAACAAAGCGCACCUCAAACCAGACUUUCUUAAACUCAAUCCUCGGCACUCGAUUCCCACUCUCGUCGACAACGGAGUGUCUGUUUGGGAGUCUCGAGCCAUCGCUCAAUACCUGUGCAACAAAUACGCGCCCGAUUCGCAGCUCUAUCCGCGAGAGCCCGAGCGCAGGGCUCGAGUGGACACAGUUCUCAAUUGGGAUCUCAGCUCUUGGGGUCCGGCGCUUCGCAAUUCACUCACGAUGAAAGCGUUUCGAGGAGUGGAACCGACUGAAGAGCAGACCAAAGCGUUGACCGAUUCGUUGGCCGUAUUCGACGCGUUGGUGGCGGCGAACGGCGGUUUCGUUGCGGCCAAUCACUUGACAAUCGCCGACCUGUCAUUGUUGGCCAAUUCGGCGGCCAUUUUCUAUUUGGAUUAUGAUCUCAAGGAUUAUCCAAAUGUGAAACAAUGGUUCUCGCGAUUGGAGAAAGAGAUUUCGUUUUACAACGACUUCAAGAGCGAAGCGAUCGAAGGAUUGAAGAAAAUCAUAGAAAUGCAUAAAACUCCGGCUUAACGUGUAUUUUGUGUUCAAAUGGGAAUAAAGUUUCAUUUUGUGCUCUUUUUCA